AUGAAGAUCUCAUCCGUCAUCAUAUUGUCCACCGUGGCCGCCAUUGCCUGCGCUUCUCAUCAGCGUGGCCAGCUCUAUGCCCGUAACCGUUUUGUCCAGCGUGGUCUCCUGGAUGGAAUGAAGGGCAUUAUUCCCGGCGCGAGCAAGGCCACUUCCCUUGGGUCCAAGGACGCCAACGUCGCUUCUGGGGCCUCUUCCAGGCCUGGAUACGAUAUGGAAGAAUUUGUUGUCAAGCGAGACGUUAGUAACGUUGAAAACCUGCUCAAAAACCUUCCGAUCGUCGAUGGUAGUGGAUCUGAUGUCAAUCAACUUUUGAAGAAGCGUGAUUCUGGUGUCGGUAACCUGCUCGAAAACCUUCCGAUCGUCGAUGGUAGUGGAUCUGAUGUCAACCAACUUUUGAAGAAGCGUGAUUCUGGUGUCGGUAACCUGCUCGAAAACCUUCCGAUCGUCGAUGGUAGUGGAUCUGAUGUCAACCAACUUUUGAAGAAGCGUGAUUCUGGUGUCGGUAACCUGCUCGAAAACCUUCCGAUCGUCGAUGGUAGUGGAUCUGAUGUCAGCCAACUUUUGAAGAAGCGUGAUUCUGGUGUCGGUAACCUGCUCGAAAACCUUCCGAUCGUCGGUGGUAGUGGAUCUGAUGUCAACCAACUUUUGAAGAAGCGUGAUUCUGGUGUCGGUAGCUUACUCGAAAACCUUCCGAUCGUCGAUGGUAGUGGAUCUGAUGUCAGCCAACUUUUGAAGAAGCGUGAUUCUGGUGUCGGUAACCUGCUCGAAAACCUUCCGAUCGUCGAUGGUAGUGGAUCUGAUGUCAGCCAACUUUUGAAGAAGCGUGAUUCUGGUGUCGGUAACCUGCUCGAAAACCUUCCGAUCGUCGGUGGUAGUGGAUCUGAUGUCAACCAACUUUUGAAGAAGCGUGAUUCUGGUGUCGGUAGCUUACUCGAAAACCUUCCGAUCGUCGGUGGUAGUGGAUCUGAUGUCAACCAACUUUUGAAGAAGCGUGAUUCUGGUGUCGGUAACCUGCUCGAAAACCUUCCGAUCGUCGAUGGUAGUGGAUCUGAUGUCAACCAACUUUUGAAGAAGCGUGAUUCUGGUGUCGGUAGCUUACUCGAAAACCUUCCGAUCGUCGAUGGUAGUGGAUCUGAUGUCAACCAACUUUUGAAGAAGCGCGAUUCUGGUGUCGGUAGCUUACUCGAAAACCUUCCGAUCGUCGAUGGUAGUGGAUCUGAUGUCAGCCAACUUUUGAAGAAGCGUGAUUCUGGUGUCGGUAGCUUACUCGAAAACCUUCCGAUCGUCGGUGGUAGUGGAUCUGAUGUCAACCAACUUUUGAAGAAGCGUGAUUCUGGUGUCGGUAACCUGCUCGAAAACCUUCCGAUCGUCGAUGGUAGUGGAUCUGAUGUCAACCAACUUUUGAAGAAGCGUGAUUCUGGUGUCGGUAGCUUACUCGAAAACCUUCCGAUCGUCGAUGGUAGUGGAUCUGAUGUCAACCAACUUUUGAAGAAGCGCGAUUCUGGUGUCGGUAGCUUACUCGAAAACCUUCCGAUCGUCGAUGGUAGUGGAUCUGAUGUCAGCCAACUUUUGAAGAAGCGUGAUUCUGGUGUCGGUAGCUUACUCGAAAACCUUCCGAUCGUCGGUGGUAGUGGAUCUGAUGUCAACCAACUUUUGAAGAAGCGCGAUUCUGGUAUCGAUAAGCUACUCGAAACCCUUCCAAACAUCGGCGGUGGACCCAGUAACAGCCAGUAA